AUGGUUCACGUGAUCUGCACGAAAUACUUUGAAAAGGAAAUUGUGUCCAACUGCACCGGACUUGACCGCUUGGCGGCGGACUACAGGCGAAAGUGCUUCGCAUUGAUAUUCGACAGUAUGACACCAGAUGACUGCGACCGGCCUCUCUCCCUCGCAGUGGACACGUUUGCCCGUCAACAAUUUGGCUCCACAGUGGAGACUGUCGUGUCACCCGCGAUAUUUGGAGGCAUUGAAGCAACUAAAUGUGACCGCGCCCUUGCCGUUGACGAUGCGUUGCAAUUGAGUCCACCAAGAUUGAGCACCAAGUUGCAGGUCCAGUCUGCAGUAGACACUGGCAGUACGUGGAAUGCCCCGGCCUACUUGCUCUGCGAUCCGAAGUUGGAAUGGUUCUUCCGUCGCAUUCAUGGAUUCUAG